AUGGCUAAGCAACCACAAGUUCUCUGGGCCCAGCGUGAAUCGCUUCUUUACAUAACCAUCGAGGUCGAUGAAGCGAAGAUUGAAGACUUGAAGGCAGACGCCAACAAGCUUCACUUCCAGUAUGUUAUUUUUAAAGAAGUAGUUUCCUAUUUGUUUUUCUUCAGAGGAAGCAGCAAGUCUGAGAAGUACGCAACGACGCUCGAGUUCUACGAAGAGGUUGACCCGAGCUCGCUGCUGCGCAUUGGAAGUAGCACUCGCGUCGUCGAGCUUGUCAUUAGCAAGAAGGUUCCGUCGUCCACCUGGUGGCCGCGUCUUCUGAAAGAGAAAGGAAAGGUCCACUGGCUGAAGGUGGACUUCUCCAAGUGGAAGGAUGAGGACGAUGAGGAGGAGCCAGAAGAGCCAGCAGUCGGAGGAGGUCUCGGCAACGGAUUCGAUCUGAACCAGUACAUGUCGUCGCUGGGAGGAUCUGGUGGUGGCGAAUUCGACGGACUCGACGAGGAUGAAGGUUCGUGUCUCGUUUAGAAUGUUUUUAAUCGUUUUCAAAGAAGACAAUUCUGCUUAGACAAACAACUACGAACAAAAAUAUAAGUGACUACAAGACUUUCUGAAACUGUGUCCGUUGAGCGGUUCGAGUUAACGCGUUCGAAAGUUCACGUGUUCACUGCUCAAUUUUUUCCGUCAAAAUUUUUUCGUUUUAGAAAUGAAAUUGGGGACGGACAAACGGAGAAAGAAAGAAACGGACAGAUCCCGUUAGAUUUUCAUUAAAUAGGAAUGAUGAUGAUGAUGAUUUUGCAGACAUGCCGGAUCUUGAGGACAACGAGGAAGAAGAGGAAGGAAAGACCGAGAUCAAAGCUUAA